UUAAAUAAUAAUAUUAUUAUUUAAAAAAAUUCUUACUUGAUUAAGUCAAAUGUUUGUUAAGAAAAUCAAUAAACCUUUAUAAGUAAAACGCAAUGAAGUAAAACCCGUAUCAAAUUUGUAAUCUUGCAUAGCCCCUGUUUAUAAAUGACAUAUGAUCAGGGAAUAACCUUAUGCUAAAAAAGGUAAUCAUUUCUUUUAUCGCAGUAAAAAAAAAACUUUUCAUUUUAAUUUUUGACGCAAUUUUAAUCGAUUUUUCUAUAAAUACCUCUCAUAAUGCCAUUUUAAAUUUCAAAUACAACCAUUCUUUUUUUUUAAAAAAAAAAAACAAAAGGGACCCGUCUUAAAUAAUCAAUUAUUUGAAUUAUUUGAAUAUCAAUUAUUUAAAUAAUGCCUUUUUUACCUUCGUAUUUAAAAGAUUUUCCAUUUAAUAAAAAUCCAAUCGAUUUACCUACAAGGUGGAAUACAUCUGAUUCAAACGAUAAUUUACAAGUUAUUGGAGAUAAAGAAUUAAAAGUUUUAUAUAUAGGACCUGGUCAAAAUGACGCCGAUGCUGCAUCUAUUCGAGCUAACCAUUCGAUACCAAGUGAAGUUGGAUUAUAUUAUUUUGAAGUCAGUAUAGUAGAUGCUGGAGAAUCUGGCUAUAUUGGUAUCGGAUUUGGAGUUCAUAGUGCAUUUCUUUGGAAAUUACCUGGAUGGGAACCAAAUACUUUUGGAUACCAUGGUGAUGAUGGAAAGAAAUUUCGAUCAUCUUCAAGUAAGGGACAUAAUUAUGGUCCACCUUUCACAACUUGGGACACAAUUGGUUGUGGAAUAAAUUUUUUCAAUAAAACUGCAUUUUACACUAAGAAUGGUAUAUGUUUAGGAGAGGCAUUUAAUGAGAUCACCUUAAGUGAUUAUUACCCUAUGAUUGGUUUGCGUACUAGAAGUGAAUGCAUUGAAGUAAAUUUCGGAGAAACUCCAUUUGUAUUCAAUAUUGAAGAAUAUGCAAAGAUAGUAUUUAAGGAUGUUGAAAGAAGACGCAUGAUAAUAUGACGUAUUACGUACGAUAAUCUAAAUCUUACAUAAUUCAUUCUUGGCUUCUUGGCAAUUUAUACCACAUUUGUUUAUAUUUUAAAAAUCAUCAUGAAAGAGAAAAAAAAAAUGCAUUUCACAUCUUUAAUCGGACAUUAAUACAAAGUCUUUUUGUUUUUUUUCUUUUUUUUGUAAUAUUUAUUUUUAUUUGUUUUACUUUUAGAAUUUUUUUUUUUGUAA